AUGCACGACAAACACGUAGUCAUAGUCGGUGCUGGUUUGGUUGGUGCGUUUAAUGCCAUUUUAUUAGCAAAACGAAAUUUUAAAGUGAGCGUGUACGAGAAAAGGCAAGACAUAAGAAGGGUACCGCCAAUCAAGGGCCAGAGGACAGCAAAUUUGGCCCUGUCCUGUCGUGGAAUGGAGGCACUCCGCCAUGUAGGGUUGGAGAGGGAGAUAACCCCAUACCAGGUACCUAUGUUUUCUAGGAUGGUUCACAAAGAAGAUGGAACGUUGCACCCCCUCAAUUAUGGCAGGAAAGAUCAGUUCAUUUUGUCGACACAAAGAAAUAAACUGAACGAGAUUCUUCUUAAUGCUGCAGAGAACCUCCCAAAUGUCACGUGCUAUUUUGAACACACCCUGAAAAAUUGCAAUUUACAGCAAGGAGACCUAGAAUUCUUACACAAUGAAAAGAAGGUACAUGUACAUGCAGACUUGGUUUUGGGAAAUGACGGGGCACAUUCUACAAUACGAAGGCAAAUGAUGGAAUUCACUAUGAUGGAUAUACAGCAAUUCUAUGUUCCGUAUGGAUAUAUUGAAUUAGAGGUGGCCAAAACUAAAGAUAAUAAUUUUGCUAUGGACCCUAAAUACCUUCAUUUGUGGCCACGUGAAGAGUUUCUGAUGUUGUGCACAGCAAACUGGGAUAGAACAUUUAACAUUCUGUUAUUUAUGACAUUUGAUGCUUUUGCAAAUCUUCAGACAGAAACUGACGCAGUCCAGUUGUUCAAUCAGCACUUUCCCGAUGUUCUUCCUUUUGUUGGGGAAGAAAACCUGAGGAAGUCUUUUCCUUUUUGGAGGCCUUGUCCAAUGAUUACAAUUAAGUGUUUACCCUAUCAUGUGGGGGACAAAGCCUUAAUAAUGGGAGAUGCUUCCCACGCCAUGCUUCCUUUCCUUGCCCAAGGAGUGAACUCGGGUUUUGAGGACUGCAUGAUUCUCAACGAUAUUUUAGAUCAACACAGUGAUGACUUUGCGACUGCUCUACCAGAGUACACCAAAAGAAGACAUAAGGACGCCCACGCUGUGUGUGACCUGACUAUGUAUAACUUCUUAGAGAUGAGAAGUCUGGUGAACAAAAGAAGCUUCCUUAUAAGAAAAAAACUCGACAAUUUUAUGCAUGGAAUUCUACCGAAUACAUGGACCCCAUUAUAUUCAAUGGUCGCUUUCACAAAUACCGGGUAUCACGUAUGUUAUGAGAGGAAAAAGCAACAAGACUGGAUUCUAAGUUGUAUCUUGUUUUUCUGCACGGCACUGCUUCUUGGACUUUUUAUUUUGAUGGCAUACCAUUUUUUUGUGGCAGUGAACAGUGCUAGCUGUGGAAAUUGAUUGGCUGUUUCUAGCAUUCAAUGGAGACAUGUUUCGGAAAGGAGAGUUAUAAAGAGCAUCAGAUGGACCCUGCCUUUCUUUAUCUUGUUUGAAUCAUACCAGUGAGGUCGUAUUUGUAUAAAAUUGUUUUAACUUUCAA